UCAUGGUGCAGUCCAGGUACAGGAGCGUGAGGGAACUGGCCGAAUUACACCCACAGUAUGGAAGCAGAAAGCAAGGGUCACUGCAGGGUCACCAUUCAGCACCUUCUCUCCUUUUCAUUCAGUCCAGGACACAGUACCACACACACCCAGGAUGGGUCCCCACCCCAGUCAGGAAAAUCCUUACAGGCCCAUCACCCGGGGGGGGGGGGGGUCUAGGUUUUGUGUAGUUGGCAGUAUUAACUAUCACAGUCCCCUUGACCAUCGACAGUCAGUCAUUUGCAGAGAGAUAAGGACUAUCACAAGGUCAGUACCCAUUCUCCUUUACUUCCAAGUGUUUGCAUCCACACAUUGGAAUGGCACCACAGAAAAUAUGGAGGGCAGUGCCACUUAGUGCCCAGGAAUUCCAGGUGUACAGACUGGAAAUGAUACCAAGGCAUGGCCAUGUCUGGUCCUGGGGUACAAAUUCCAACUCAGCACAAGUCUUCCCAAGUUCCUGGAAGUUCCCACGCUCCUGUAGAACCAUAAUAUAAAAGUAACAAUGAGCGAUAAUUGUGAGCUUAGUGUGUGCUGUGACGCGUGACUGCCUGUCUUUAGUAUAAACCAAGAUGCACCUAUUCAGCAGCUGGGCCCGUGAGUGCUACUGCCAUCAAGGAACCCACUGUGCCGGUGUCUUGGAAUAUUUUGAGUUAUUCAGUAACUUGGUUAAUCAUUUUAGCAUUCACUUUUACUAAAACUGUAAAUCACUUCAUCACUACACCAGCCUCAUUCAAAGUCAUUAAGUGAUAGUGCUUUUAGGGGCCUGAAACAAAAAGACUCACGGAGGCCAAUUACUUUGAAGUGGAAAUUAGGUGCCAUAAUGCACAACAAAGACACUUAAACAAGCAAUGUAAUGCACUGUGCAGUUAAUUUAGCAGCAAACACUAAAUACAUCAAGAUAGCACUGGGAAAAUUAAAGAGGUAACAUUAGAGUGAUGCCUUCCACAGAGAAUGCCAAUUCCCACUCCUGAGGGUGGCCCACCCAUCCUGGGUCCUACCGAAGGUUAGCGCUAAAUAAUGUAGAUCAGGAAUUUCUGAAGACUGCUAUAAACAAAAUCUGUUCAGAGAUUUCUCUUUUGUUAUGGGUGAGAUUUUUAAAUUUUUUGGUUCAAUUUUGUACCUAUAUUUGUUACUUACAUUUACUUUCAAACCCUUAGGAGAGGUAGAUGAUUAAAAAGCAAACCAUUACUUAUAUUCUUUAUUUUUAAAUGGUGGUGGAUUCUUUAUCCCUUUUGGAAUCAAAAGCCCAAAUAAAUUCUUUCUACUAUAAGUUGCCUUGGUCAUGAUGUUUUAUCACAGCAACAAAAAAGUGAUGAAUACAAUCACAUACACAAUUAAUUUAAAAAUAAAGUGUAUUUUACUUUAAAAUGCAUUGCAAGGUGCUGGAGAGAUGUCUCAGUAGUUAAGAACUCAUGCUGUUCUUGUAGAGAGCCUGAGUUCAGUUCCCAGCACCCAUAUCAGAAGACUCACAAACCUGUAACUCCAGCUCCAGGGAAUAUGGCCUCUGCAGGCACCUGUAUAUAUCCCCCCCCACACACACACACCCUAUGAUGGCUAUUCAUGGUUGUCAACUAGAUUACAUGUGGAAUUAACCGAAACCUAAGUGUCUGGGUACAUCUGUGAGGGGUUUUUCCUUAUUAGAUUAUUUGCAGUGGGAAGGCCCUCUUUUAAUCUGGACCUUUAAGCUACACCGUACCUUCUGGAGGCCUUUGUGAGACUCGGAAGAAGGAAACUUGCUGCCUUUGCCUGCUUGCUUGAGUUUGAAAGUCUGUCUAUUCCUUCACUGGCGUGAAAGCCUACUUCCUUAGGAUUCCAGCAUGCUUUGAAGACCAACUGUGACGUCCAGCCUCAUGGAUGGAGCAGCUACUAGAGUCUUGGAACUUCUGCUAGUAGAUAGCCAUGUUGGACUAGCUGGACAUUGUUGGACUUAGCCUAUAAGCCAUUCUAAUAAAUCCCAUAUACAUAUCACAUGUAUAUACACAUUCUAUCAGUUCUAUUCCUCUAGAGAACUUUGAAUAAUAUACGCAUACUCACACACAAUUACAAAUAAUAAAAUAAAUUUUAAAAGUACAUUAUAAACUCUACUUACUUCCAUGUAUUAUACAGAAGCAUGUUAUAAUCUACAUUGCAGUGUUUAAUGAUUGUCCUAUAUCCCACUUUGUGGCUUCUCAUAGUUUCUGUAACUUAAUUUCCCCCUGGUGUAUGACUGUCAGCAAACACUGAGGAAGGUGGCUGUCCAUGCAUCUUUGGACUUUACUCCCUUAGGUCAUAACCCUGGAGAUGGAACGGCUGUGUCCACAGAACAUGCUCCUUUGGAACCCUGAGACGGAGAGGCCUCCAAUUGUCCUACAAAUUACAUUCCAGGAAGAUAUUUAUGAGAAUGAGCAUUUCUCCAAAUUUCAACCACCCUGGAUAUCAUAUUUCUUUAUAAUCUUUGCCUACUGUGAAGGCAAAGAAGUAUUUA